AUGUCAUUAAAUGGAUUAUCACCACUUGAAGUAUUUACAAAAGAUUUAGAUAAAUGGAAUAAAGAUUUAGGAAAAAGAACAACAGAAAUAAUAUUUCAUAAAGGUGAUGAAGAUAAAUUUCGAAAUAUGAUAUUUGAUAUUGAACUUCGUGUUGAUAAGAAAGGUCCAGAAGCUACUAUUGAAAAAAGUAAAAAACUUAACAAAGGUAUUUAUGGAGAACACAUUAUUGAUGGAGAUGAUAUUUAUUGGAGAUAA